AUGGACGCAACCAACGGCAACACGACCACCUCACCAAUGGAAGAAGGCCAUUCAGACUCAAUGAAAAUACCAUGGCACAUCAUAACCCCCUCGCUCAUCAUAUACUAUCUAACUCUCGUGCGUCUCCUCCGCUUCCGCGCCAUCCGGCAGCUCGAAGCCAAAUACGCCGCCUACAUCUCGGACCCCUACCGGCUAAACUACAAGCAAGCGCGCGAGAUCAUGCACCUGUCCAUGCUCCACGACGACCCCUUCUUAUUCGUCCUGGGCACGCAAUGGGCGCUCGUCAAGAGCUACGCCAUGGCGACGGGAACGCCGCUCCUCGCGCAAACGCGACAGCUGUGCGACGCCACCAAAGUCGGCCGCCGCGCCGAGGACACGGCCGUCUUCCUGGUCGAGCUGCUCGCGGGCGACAUCGACGGCGCGAGGGGGCGCGCCGCGCUGGCCAAGCUGAAUUGGAUCCACGGGCGCUACGGGGACCGCAUCAAGGAGGGCGACUACGUGCACACGCUCGCGCUAUUUGUCCUCGAGCCGCAGCGCUGGAUCGCGCGGUACGGCUGGCGGCCCAUGACGCUCCUCGAGCGCGUCGCGCAGCUGGUGUACUGGCGCGAGGUCGGGCACCGCAUGGGGUUCGGCGGGAUCCCGGCGACGCUGGAGGAGCUGGAGCUGUGGAAGGCGGACUACGAGGGGGAGAAUAUGUACUUCAUCCCUGAGAACCGGUUGGUUGCGGAUGCGACGGUGGGGCUGUUCCUGAGGCAGACGCCACGGUUCUUGCAUGGGGUUAUGACGAGUUUGUUCAUCUCGUUCAUUGAGGAGGGGAAGGUGCGCGAGGCGCUGGGGUAUCCUGAUCCGCCUGCUUGGGCUACGGCUUUGACGGGUGGCUUCUUGUGGCUUCGGGGGUUUGUCAUUCGGCACUUUUUCUUGCCGCGGUUGCGGAAGCUGGAUCCGUUGGCUAAGCCCGGCGCGGAUGGACGGCUCUAUCAGACUCCUUCGUUUGUCGCGUUUGAGCCGUGGUAUGUUGCUGAUACUUGGUAUAACAGGGUAAUGCUGUGGGUGACAUCUGGCGGAAAGAUGAAGCCUGGUAAGAGUUUCCAAAGUCGAGGAUAUCUGCCCGAGGAGCUUGGCCCAGCUGAGUUCGAGAAGGCAUCUAGAGGGCCAGUAGAGAGGCAGGCGAAGGCGAUGGAAGAGUAUAUCAAGAAUGGUGGAUCAGCUGGUGUGGGCUGUCCCUUUAGAUUUGGGUAG